ACCCGCUCAUCGCACCUCAUCCCCGGCUUACUUCUUUUAGAAACACCGCUCUUUCUAACUUUAUCUGUGGAGCAUUUGUGGAGAAAAUGGGUCCACGGUACCGGAGCUGGUUGUGGUUCUGGUCGUGCUUAUUGAGCCUGAGUGUUUUGACCCAGGCUCUGGAGCUGGAGGAGCUGUUUGAGUUCGGAGAAGAAGCCGGAGACCAGCAGCUGCAGCCCGGAUCCGACUCCACCGCAGAGCUGCCCCUCAACGGAUCUCUGUACUUCUUCAGCAACACCUUCGACAAAGUUUAUAUUAACACGAAUGGAUUUGUGUCCACGGUGGAGCCUGAGGCCGAGGAGGAGUACCUCGGGAAGAUGCCCUCCAAUUUCAAAAUGAUUUCAGCCCUUCUGGGAGACCUGGAGGACAGCGACGGACAGGGGAGGGUGCACUACAGGUGGGACAGCAGCCCGGAGAUCCUGAAUAAAUCCGCGGAGCACAUCAGGCGAGCUUUCCCCAGAGACGAGGGAGUGGAUCCCAUCACUGUGUUCAUCGUCACCUGGGAAAACAUGGCCGCCCGGGGGACGUCUGGACGAGGAGACAGGCUGGACACCAAAAGAAACACUUUCCAGCUGGUCGUGGCCAUGAUGGAUUUGUCCUCCUGCGCCAUCCUCUUGUACCCCCAAGGCGGUCUGCAGUUUCUCUCCACGUCAGUAGGGGGCAAGACUGAGCUCCUCGAGGCGGGAUUCAAUGAAGGACUUGUAGACGGCUGGUUCUGGAAGACAUCGUUGGGAACGUACUUCCGCACCACCACCAAUGAAGAGACCUCCAUCAGGGAACUCACUGAGAAGACCAACGCAGGACAGAAAGGAGUCUGGGUUUACGAGAUCGGCUCCUCGCCAUUCUUUGUCGCCAUUACUGGGGGAGUGACCACCGAGGAAGACGAGGCCACCGAACUUUCCUCGACCGUCCUUCCUAGGCAAACCCAGGUGGAAGAGAUCACACCUGCCAAUGAGUACCAACCCAUAUACCCAGAAACUGAGACCCUGACACCAGAGUAUGGGGGGCUGGAUUAUGAGCCAGAAUACCCCGAAUCUGAGACACCAACAAACACUGACGUUGAGAGGGCUGAACCCAGAUACCCCGAACCAUCUGAACCCAGAUACCCCGAACCAUCCGAACCCAGAUACCCCGAACCAUCUGAACCCAGAUACCCCGAACCAUCUGAACCCAGAUACCCCGAACCAUCUGAACCCAGAUACCCCGAACCAUCUGAACCCAGAUACCCCGUCUCCGAGCCUUUGCAACCGAGGUACAGCGUCCCAGAACCCGUUGAUCCUAGAUAUGCUCCAGUCGAUCCGAGGUACCCUGAACCAGUCCAACCACUGCCACCCUAUCACCGGCCCCAGCAACCCCAGAUCGUCGUGGUUGACGAGGACGAAGAUCUCAAUGUCAACGUAUUUGCGUACAAUUCGGAGACCUGCGCCCACAACCGGAACAAAUGCUCGGCCUUCGCUGACUGCCGGGAUUACAGCCAAGGGUACUGCUGCCAUUGUAGACCUGGGUACUAUGGAAAUGGGAAGGACUGUGUAGCAGAAGGCAAACCUCAGAGAAUGAAUGGCAAGGUUAUCGGUCGAGUGUUCGUCGGGAACUCUGCCACGCCCAUUGAGCUCAGUAACAACGACUUGCAUUCGUACGUGGUAGCGAAUGACGGACGGGCCUACGUGGCCAUCAGCAACAUCCCUGCCGGCAUCGGUCCCUCCCUGCAGCCGCUGUCCUCUCUUGGGGGAGUCAUCGGGUGGGCUUUCGCUUUGGAGCAGCCGGGCUACCAGAACGGAUUCAGUCUGAUCGGUGGUGUGUUUUUCCGACAAGCCGAGGUGAUCUUCCACCCCGGUAACGAGCGCCUGAACAUCAGGCAGCAGUUCAAAGGAAUCGACGAACACGACCACCUGGUGGUCAGCACCGAGCUGGACGGACGUCUGCCCGCCAUCCCACUGGGGUCCUCUGUGCAGAUCAGCCCAUACAAGGAGGUCUACCAGUACGACAGAAACUUGAUCACUUCCUCCUCCAACCGCGACUACACCAUCACCUCGUCUGAAGGCGACGUCCAGACCAGAAGCUACCAGUGGCGUCAGACCAUCACCUUCCAGAGCUGCUUGCACGACGAGGCCAGCAGGGCGGCGAUGUCCACCCAGCAGCUCAGUGUGGACCAGAUUUUUGUGAUGUUCGAUCCCGAUAACAAUCUGAUCCGCUACGCCAUGAGCAACAAGAUCGGCUCCGUCCACAGUUCUCUUCCCGAGCAGAACCCAUGCUUCACCGGCAGACACGGCUGUGACAUCAACGCUAUGUGCCGACCAGGAGAAGGCCUGCAGUUCACCUGUGAUUGUGCCUCUGGUUUCACUGGAGACGGACGCUACUGCCAAGAUACCGACGAGUGCCGUGAGUCGCCUCAGAUCUGUGGAGCUAACGCCGUCUGCAGCAACCAGCCCGGGACCUUCCGCUGCGAGUGUUUCACCGGCUUCGUGUUCGCCAACGACGGACGGACCUGCAUUGAGGAGAACCGCCCGGUGGAUCACUGUCAGAGAGGAACCCACGACUGUGACGCUCCUGAGCGAGCCUCCUGCAGCUACACCGGCGGCUCCGCCUUCAUCUGCUCCUGCCUGCCGGGAUUGGUGGGCGACGGGCGGGUGUGUCGAGACGUAGACGAGUGUCAGCAGGAUCGCUGCCACCAGAACGCGUUCUGCUCCAACACACAGGGAUCCUACUCCUGCCAGUGCCAUCCUGGUUUCCACGGCGACGGCUUCCAGUGCAGCCCCAUUUCUACAGAGCGUGAGAAGACGGUGUGUGAGCGUCACAGAGAGAGCGCUCAGUCCUCCUCCUCCUCCUCCUCUGGCUCCGGGAUCUUCUCCUUCUUCCGCCCCCGGCCGUCCGUCGGUCAGUACGUCCCUCAGUGCGACCGCCACGGAGCCUACGAGGCCACGCAGUGCCACAGCAGCAUCGGGCAGUGCUGGUGUGUGGACGCCGACGGCCAGGAGAUCCCCAACACCCGCACCGGGCCCGGCAACACCGCCCUGUGUAUCGACCAGGCGGUGUCUCCCACUCCGGUGGGUCCGACCCCGCGGCCCGACGUUCAACCCGUCGCUCCGGGGACUCACCUGCUGUUCGCUCAGAGCGGGAAGAUCGAGCGCGUUCCUCUGGACGGAAACAGCAUCAAGAUGGAGGAGGCCAAACCGAUGCUGCACAUCCCCGACCGGGUGGUGAUCGCCAUGUCGUUCGACUGCGUGGAGAAGAUGGUUUACUGGACCGACAUCACCGGGCCGGCCAUCAGCAAGGCCCGUCUGAGCGGAGGAGACAUCAUCCCUGUCGUCACUACAGAUCUCCAGAGCCCAGAAGGCCUCGCCGUCGACCACGUGUCCCGGCUCCUCUUCUGGACCGACUCCAUGCGCGACACGGUGGAGGUUUCCAAGCUGGACGGCAGCCAGCGGCGGGUUCUGUUCGACACGGAUCUGAUCAACCCGAGACCCAUCGCGGUCAACCCGGCGUACGGGCGGCUGUACUGGGCAGACUGGAACAGAGACGGGCCCAAAAUCGAGAUGUCCAACAUGGACGGGACGGAUCGGACGGUCCUGGUGAGCGAUGACCUGGGGCUUCCCAACGCUCUGACCUUUGACAUCGAACAACAGGAGCUCUGCUGGGCCGACGCAGGAACUCAUAAGGUGGAGUGUAUGGAUCCUCACCAACGGCUGAGGAGGCAGAUCGUUGAAGGGAUCCAGUAUCCCUUCGCCAUGGUCUCCCUGGGAAAGAACCUUUAUUAUACCGACUGGAGGAGAGAGGCGGUGGUCUCCGUGGACCGCUACGCAGAGAAAGAGACGGAAGAGUUCCUGCCGCAGAAACGCUCCCGACUUUACGGCAUCACCACGACACCGACGCAGUGUCCACAAGCCUAUAACUACUGUGCCAACAAUGGCGGCUGCUCUCACCUCUGCCUGCCGCGGCUCGGCGGCUUCACCUGCCGCUGCCCGGACGCCGCCUCCGCCGGUCCGUGCGAGGAGAGGAACCUGUGAGCUGCUGCUGGGACUCACGAAACAAAACACACUUAACUCGACUUUGGUGUUUCCUACAUUUCUUACUUGAAUUGAACAUUUUCCACAAUCAUUUUUGUGUGUGUUUCUGGCCGUUGGAAGCAGUUCAGACUGUACUGUAUUUAUGAUGUCACACUUCAGGUGAGAUGAUUUACCUUUUGGAUUCAGAUGUAGUUGCUGACGUGUUUGUGUUUAGACUCCUGGUUGAAGAGGAGACCAAAGUGACACUAAAUCUUAAACUCUGGGAAGACCUAAAAACCCUCUAGUGAUGAUAAUUAUUUGAAAAGGUACUGAAUGAUAAACAUAACGUUGUUUUUUAUUAUAUUUUAAAAGUGAAACUCCUUAGUUAUUUCUUAUAACUGCGUGAACAAUCAGAUAUAAUUCAAUCAAUCUUCAAUCAAGGGCCUUUGAAAUGUUAGAUGUUUAAAUGAAAUGCCUCAAAAAGGUUUCUGAAAAAGACAAACCUUGACACAAAAACCCUGAAGUAACUUAGCCAUGUGUCUGAAUACAAACUUUGGGAGGCAGCGCCACCUAGGGGUGAAAGGCAAUCACAUACACUCAAAGGCUGGUCUUACAUUUCACUGAAACCACUCAAGAGUUAGAACCAUUUUCACAAAACCGAUGCAUCAUAUUUAGGUUAAUCCAAACAGAUAUAUAUAGUGUAUAUAUAUUGUAGCACAUUAAGUGAAGACUUGAUGAAUAUGUACUAAGAAACUACCAAAAAGGCGUAAAAUAUGCUGCAAAAUAGUCCGAUUUUAGGAAGAAUUGCAAGAUUUUAUUAUCCAAAAGGUAAAGUGGCCAUGUGAUGACACUAUAUUGUCCACAAGAGUUUAUCAAAUGUAGCUUAAAGCCAAAAGAUAAGAACACAAAACAGACUCCAUAAACGCUGAUUUACUGCAGUGCAUUCUCAACAAUCGUACCGGAUGUUUCAUGUUUGUUUUUAAAGGAUGGCAAAAUGUUCUGACUCAUUUGUAAAAUAAAGCAAGCCAAGCCAAUCUGAGAUUACUCUAUAUUUUAGCAAUCAUAUAUGAUCAAUUAGAAUUGUGUUCCCCUACAGAACUGACUUGUAUGUUAUUAUUAUUUUGUGAAGUGGACCACUAAUAUCCCCACAGUGAUCCUGAGGUAAAGGGCUGAAAAACCUUUCACCAGAUGUAUGGUGUUGUUUGUACUACGACUCAGUGUAUUUUUUUAUAUGAACUUGUAAAUAAUGACCUGAUAUGCAGACGGUGUUCUCUGAUGUUUUUAAUGUUGCCUGAGAUCUACCUGAAGACGAAUACUGUGAAGGUGUGCGGGAAGUAUCCGGAGAACAAGGUGUAUGUUUGUGUCAUGUAAACGUCCUUUAUUUUCUAUUGUAGGACCAUUAAGGGUUCCUCCUCCUUCUUCUUCUUCUACAAUCAAACCGUUUCUAAAGUUAUUCAAAUGAUCUUAAAACCAGGAGAAAUACAAGUGUCCAAUUUAAAUUCUAUUUUGAAGAAGCUCCGAUAUUUUUAAGUCUUCAUUUUGGCUUCAAUUAUAUUUUUUCAAACAUGAAAAAUACAUUUUUGAUUCAAACCCUUGAAAGACUGUUUUUACCCCAAAAAUAUCUUAAUUUGAUUAUUUUAUUUAAUUGUUAUUUUGCCCGCCGUAGACUUAUAUACACAGUUAAAAAAACUACAAAAUUUAAAAAUAUCUCUCAUUUGUAAAGUCUGUCUUAUUUGAUAUAAAAACAAAUUGCAAAUUCUUUUUAAAAAAUCCUGAAAUUUGGUCGUUAUGAGGCGUGGUUCCGCACACAGCUCGUGAAACAGGUCAAAGGUGACUGAAUAUUUUUACAGCAGCAGGAGAAACGUCUAACUGGUGCAGAAGUUUUAAGAAAGUCCCAUGUUUACAUGACAGGAACAUCACUGUGCUCGUUGUGUUGGAGGUGAAGUGAAGAGCAGGUCAGUGCAACGUUUCUAAAAUCAGCUCAGGUUUAUUUUGUUGUUGUUGUUGUGGGAACUGAUCCCCCAUCAGGGAGGUCAACAUGGUGUACUGACGAUCAGCCAAAGAGGGAACACUAACAACCUGUACAGCCUCAAUAAAACAUUUCAAAACACAA